CGCCCUCGGGCGCGCUGUGGUCCCGCGCGCUCCUCCAGCGCUCUGCCGGAGCCCGCGGGCCGGGUGUCAUGAGAGGCCUCUUCGCGCGCGCCGCGCUGCGGGGGCUGCCGUGCCGCCCGCGGGCCCUGGUCCCCAGCCUGCUCGUGCGCCCCAGCUCGGGAGGGCCUUCCUGGAACCGGGAGCGGACCCUGGUGGCCGUGAAGCCCGAUGGGGUACAGCGGCGACUUGUUGGGGAUGUGAUCCAGCGUUUUGAGAGGAGGGGCUUCAAGCUGGUGGGGAUGAAGAUGCUACAGGUGCCGGAGAGCGUCCUUGCUGAGCACUACCACGACCUUCAGAGGAAGCCCUUCUACCCAGCGCUCAUCAGCUAUAUGAGCUCUGGCCCCGUGGUGGCCAUGGUCUGGGAAGGCCCCAAUGUGGUCUGCACCUCCAGGGCCAUGAUAGGACACACUGAUUCGGCUGCCGCUGCCCCCGGCACCAUCCGAGGAGACUUCAGCGUCCACAUCAGCAGGAACGUCAUCCAUGCCAGCGACUCCGUGGAGGGGGCCCAGAGGGAGAUCCAGCUGUGGUUCCAGAGCAGUGAGCUGGUGGACUGGGCAGAUGAAGGCCACCGCAGCAGCCUCUAUCCAGCCUGAACCUCAGGCUGCCUUCGGCCACCUCAGCAUCCACCCCGGACCAACUACCUCUGUGCACAAGAACUUGAGCCCACCCGGUGCUCUGCCCAUCUGCCCCAGACCACCCCCCUGUCCACCUUUUGCUACACCCCAACCCAGAGCAGAUGAGCCAACUUUACGUGCCUUUUAGUAUCCUAAGCCAUCGAGAGAUUGGACCAAAUCCUUUCUGUACCAAAGUGCCAGACCACCUUUGAGGUGUCUCCAGAAGUGGUAGUUUGACCUCCCUUCCCCCAAGGGGGGGGCCAUUAAAUUUCACUCCUGUGCA